AUGAUUUUAGUAUUAGAUAAUGCUUCUUAUCAUCAUGCACAUGGACCAGACUAUAUUGAUCCUUAUAAAAUGAAUAAAGCCGAAGUGGUUGAAAAAUUAUUAUCAUACAAUAUCGACAGUAUAGAAGUUGAAAGAGAAGGAAAAGUACGCAUGGACAGUAGUACGUUCAAUAAGCAUGGUGGUAGUAGAGCACCAACAUUACUUGAAUUACAAACCGCAUUAACAAGUCAUUUACAAAAUAUUGGUUAUUUAGGUAAAACUGAAGUACAAAAGCAAUUUGAAUAUCAUGGAUAUACGCUGAUAUAUACACCUCCAUGUAUGCCACAAUUUCAACCAAUAGAAUUGGUAUGGGCUUAUGUGAAGCGCUACGUAGCAAGUCAAUUCAAGCUGGGUUGUUCUAUGUCAGAAUUAAAACAACUUACAUUACAAGGUUUUUAUGGUGAUGGUGAUAAACAUAUUGGUGUUACAUCAGACUUUAUUUUGAAGGUUAUUGAACAUGUACAUGGUGUUAUUAAUAGAUAUAUUAAAGAAGAUGUUCAGCUUGAUGGUACAAUAGAUAAAUUAAUAGUCAAACCUUCUACUGUAGCAAUAAAUAGCUCUGAUAUUAUUAAUGAUCAGGUGAAUGAACUUGGUGCUUUUAUGGGUGAAAUGGAGGAUGAAUAUGUAGAACAAGAGAAAAUUGAAGAUGAAUAUAGCUCGUAA